AUGAUCAACCACACUGCCGCGUUUGAAGAACUGGACACAAACGUUUCUGAGCCGUCACAGCUUCUCUCGCUUAACCAGAGCGCUUUCCCUGCGCUUCGGCUCGAGUACAAGUCUCUGAUCACUUCAGCCACCAUGUUCGCCGUGGGCGUGCUGGGAAACCUCAUCGCCAUAGUGGUGCUGUGUGUCUCCAAAAAAGAACAGAAGGAAACCACUUUCUACACGCUGGUCUGCGGUAUGGCCAUCACGGACCUGUUGGGGACGUGCUUCACGAGCCCGGUGGUAAUCGCCACGUACGUGUCUAGCCGGUGGCCAGGGGGAGCGCUGCUCUGCCACUUCUUUUCCUUUUCCAUGCUUUUCUUCGGCUCCGCCGGCAUGUCCAUAUUGUGCGCUAUGGCUGUGGAGCGAUACUUGGCCAUAAAUCACGCGUAUUUUUACUCCCAGCACAUAGACCGAACCAUGGCGCGGUUUGCGCUCCUGGUCACCUACCUGGCGAACAUCGUGCUGUGUAUUAUGCCCAGUUUUGGAUUCGGACAGCACGUUAGCCAAAUCCCCGGGACUUGGUGCUUUCUCGACUGGAGAGCAAUGGAUCCGCUGGGAGCUUGCUACUCGUUUCUGUACGGCGGCGUGAUGAUUAUAUUGAUCGCGGUGACUGUUUUGUGUAACUUGGCGGUGUGCAGGACGUUGGUGGGCAUGAACCAGAGGACAGGAAUAGUCAGGACUGAGCUGUGUGAGCAGGGGUGCUCCCGUCGACGCUUCCCUCGGCUGCCUUCGGUCACUUCUGCGGCAGAGAUCCAAAUGUUCUGGCUUAUGAUCUUGAUGACCAUCGUAUUCCUGGUCUGCUCUAUCCCAUUAGUGGUGCGAAUCUUUGUUAACCAACUAUAUGGCCCAGCUUACAUUUCUGCCGGGAUGAAGCCCGACUAUCGCAGCGACAUGUUGGCAGUCCGCUUCGCCUCCUUCAAUCCCAUAUUAGACCCCUGGGUGUACAUAUUGUGUCGCAAAAACCUGCUAUUGAAGGGCUGCGAGAAGCUAAAGAGAACAGUUAACAGGGUCAGGGAUGGAGGCGGCGACAACAUCGGCUGGGCAGAGGGUCAAAACUCUCCACAGUCUUUAAACAGCAACGAUACCAGUUACGCUUCCAUACGCACAUCCAGCUACAGAAACGACCGGGACCACCACGGAUCCAUCCAGAAUAAAUCUUUUACAGACUUUGCUCUGAGACAAGCGUGGGAGUACGACACUGCCCGGGUCAGCUUUCACCCGUUCAGCGUCGAAUCGACCGCGAUCCUCGGCUGUGAUGACGAGGUGGAGGGUAACUCCAAACAGGAGGCAGCCAAGGCAUCUCCAGGGCGCAGCGUAACGCCGCUGCUUCCUGCGCACAUAAGGAGAAUGGACAUCGUUACCUGCACGUUCAGCACACCGAGCUCCUGUGAGUCUGCGAAGUGUCUCUGA